CUUUGUUGUUUACAAUCCGGGUUGAAAGCGGUUCUGCGUCAUAAUCCGGAUUAAAUUCAGUGUGCGUGACGAUCGAUAUCAAACACGUACCUUGUUUUCCUCAAAGCUGUGAAAAAUGGCGGACAGAGGAGCAGUUUGGACGGACGAUGAAACCCGACUUCUGAUAAAAUUUUGGGGACAAAAAGAGGUACAAGAGAGUCUUGGAGGGAUGUAUCGUAAUUCUGAGGUUUAUGACCAAAUCGCCGACAAAAUGACUGAGAACGGAUACGACAGAAACGCCAAACAAUGUAGAUGUAAAGUGAAACAACUCAAGAAAGACUACAGACGCGAAAAAGAAUUAGGCAGUCCCUCCAAACGUCGAGCGUUCAGAUUUUUCGAGGAGAUGGAGGGCAUAAUAGGAAACGUGGUAACGCCUGGAUUUCAAUGUAACGCUUCCUCGGAGAGCGUGUCCGACUGUGAAAUAUCAAGUCAUUCUGAAGAAGCUGUUAAGGCGAAUACAAGCCAUGUAGAGGAUAGUGCAGCAGUUCCUUGUGAUAAAGAUAAAACAGAAAACCAAACUGAAAGAGUGAAUACGGAAAAAGAAGAGAAGGUCAGGAAACGAAGAAGCAUAACAAGUUUGGCUGAUAGACUACGGGCAGCAAAAAGAUGGCGAAGUUCACUUAAUACAACCAAAGAAAAUGACCGAGACACGAAAUCACUGCUAGAACGUACACUAGCCUCACAGACUCCUGAAUUCCAAGCCUCCGUGUUACUGGAAAUAGAAAGGAUGAAGAUAGAAAAAGAAAUUGAGUUAGAAAGAAUGAGGCUGGAGUACAAACAGAAACAGUGGAAAGAUAUUUUAGAACUUCUAGUUAAGAAGAAUAUUCCAUGGAACACGAGCCCUUCACAGUCAAGUAGUGGAAACACAUUGUCAAAGGAGGACAUCCACAGUAGCAAAAAUAUCAACAUUUCUCAGAGCAGUGAAAAUAAUCCAUCCUAAUCAAAUUAUUUCUUCGAUAAUCGAAAUAAAU